AUGUUCAGUAGACGCGCAUCAACCUACCUUCGCGUCACACCUGCUCGCCUCAACGCCACUCCUUCUCUCGGCCCAUUAUUUCGCCCUCAACAUGCAAACUACACCACCAAGAAGCCACGAUAUAGGCCAAAUGAACCGCACAGAGCGAGGUCGCCGUCCAGACCCCUCGAGCUCGACCUCAUGGACAUCCCCGAGCCCAACGAGACCACACUCGAACCUCCGAAACCGCAAGAGGAAACGGUCACCUACCGAGGGCUCGAGUUCAAGGCGGUCUACAAGAAUCUACGGCUUGGAAUUACCACCCUUCCUGUACCCAAGUUUCAGCCACGUGAUCUCAUCGCUUUCUGCCUCGUCGCCCAACGAAGAAAGGACUUCAGCGUCAUCAAGAACCUGGCCGACUCCAUCUUGUCCGGUGCCAGCCCCGGCGGAGACUUGUCGAAGGACUGGGUUAUCCCACUACUUUUCCGGGAGAACAUUGUCCACUGCCAGCCGGAAACCAUCAUCCAACUUUUCGCGUACCUGCCAAACAAACACCGUGCCUUGCAGGCGGCGACGUUGUUCGCACAUCCCGGCAUCGUCAACGACCCAGCAAUGCUCGCGAAGGCGGCGCCACUUUAUGGCGGACCUCCGGAACCAGAGGAGCGCGUCUGGCCCUCGCUUGACAUGCUCGCUCAGCUCACGGCACACGGACUCAAGACUGAAGCGCUCUCACUCCUGGAGCGACUCGUUACUACGGGGAGGAUACCACCGGAAGCUUUGCGCGGUGAAGAGCUCGGAGUACGCGACUUCUACGCGAUCGUACAUGUCGCUGUUGCACGCGCAUGCCUACACUGGAACCUUCCGAUGCAGGCUGCCCGCCAUACCUCUCGCGUUAUCGUUCACCUGACGCGAAACAAGGAGCCUCUCGGCGAAGUCGGCACUUUUGCUAUCGAUAUGCUACGAUCUGUGGUCGUACAUGCGGGAACGGAGGAAACCAUCGCGGCUGUUGGAAUCGUUCGGGCGUUACUACUCUAUCAAGACUCGCCACGCAUUCCCGAUGGAACAUUACAUGCGCUUUACGAAGCUCUCUAUGCCAACAAGCUGCCCGAGUACGCCGCACGCGUCUACGGUUGGACCCGAGCGUACCCCGUUCGCGGACACUCAUACCCUCCUCCUCGCGGGGAGCCUCUUGCAUGGCUGAUGGAGCACCUAUGCGACACCGCUAAAGAUGCAUACCGCGCCCGGCUCUUAGCGUCACAUGUCACGGUCCUGGACGCUCCUUUGGCGCCAAAUGUUCGCGCGAACUUCAUCACGAUGGUGGCAGGCCAGGGCUUCGCGAAUGCUGCACGGCUGCUUUGGGAGCGGUACUCCAGUGGGCGUUUCGGCGCCGCUGUAACAGCGAACGCGCGACUGCUCGUGCGGAUGGUCAGCCUCUUUGCCAGCCUGGCUCGUCGAGAGCAGGUCCAUAUCGACCGUCUCGAAGCGGAGCAGUCUAGCCCGGAUGCCGAUAGAGAGCAGUUCAUGCCUUCUCCCGCCGCAGAUGAACCUACCGAGUUGUCAGCUCGGCCGAGUGAAAGCGGUGUACUCGACGGUACAGAUGCGACUGAAGAUGCGCCAGCAUCGGGCCGAUCAAGCGGCGCCCUCGCUUCCUUUGAGGCGUUAAGCGCGUCGUACCCGCUAUCGGACGAGAACGCAGGAACGGACAGUUCGACGGCGUACUACCCUCUUCAAGAACGCCGGGAGAGGUACGAGGACUAUAUGUCGUUUGCGCGGCGCGUUCGGGGGCAGUUCGUUCUCGCGAAGGGCCCGCUUGGUUCCAUGAACUCGUGGGACAUCAACGCUCUCGCUCGCGCGCACUUCCUGCUCGGUGAAGACGACGAAGGGUUCUCGGCACUGAGCAAAGGUCGAAGAAGAGGACGACAGCCUGAUGCAUACGACGUAGCCGUGGCGUUGGGCGCUGUCGCACGUGACGAUCCUGUUGCGGGUUUCAGACUGCUGCAGACGCUUGCCGCGCGCAAGAGGCUCGAGCCAGUUGCGCUCGGCACGGUCAUCCAUCAUCUCCUACAAGCCGGUCUCACGACGAAGGCCAAGGAAGCGAUGCGAUUGGGGCGCAGACACAAUGUCGGGCUUGAUCUCAAGUCUAUGGACAGUGUAUUGCGCGCCACACUCUCGUUCAGUCAACACGACCAUGAAGUCCAUCGCGAUAACCUUCGUCGAACCCUUGCCAUUGUCCGCGCCAACCAGACUGCGCCAGUACUCGCUGUGGCCAGCAUGGGAUCAACCUGUGUGAAUGCGGCCCUCGACGCGAAGGAUAGCGCAUUGGCAUACGAUUUCUGGCAUGAGAUCAUGCGUCCGACGGUGGAUCGCUGGGACGACAAGCAUGUGAAGCUCAGGAAGCGCCUUGCUGGGCUCAUCAGGCAGCAGGCGAACUUGAUAGGUCGCGAUACCGCUCAUGCCAUGAUUGCCACGCUGUUCAAUAAAUCGGGCUUGUCUGGUCCAUUCGACGUUUCGGGCGUCGGGGAGGAGUAUGGCGUGCAUCCCAUAGGGAUGGAAGUGGCGUAUGGUCCUGUGCAUGGUGCCAAGCCGUUCGAGGAGGAGGUGGCGGUGUGGGACGAGAACGAUGCGAGGCGGGAGGCGGCGGAGUGGGAUGGUGUCUUGGACUAG